GUGCUUUUAAGGCACUAUGCUAAGUUCAGCUUGGUUUUGAUGAGACGUAUCAACACAGUUACAUCGAUCUAAAUGGGUUCAAAAAAUUCAAAAAAUUCAACCCCGACUUCGUUGAAUAUACAAAUUAAAGCUGGCGAUCCCAACUCGGUCACCAGUGAACAUGAUACGGCGGAAAACUUAGUAAAGGCAAUGGAUGACGAAAUAAGAAACUUUUCUGAAAAUCAUGAUUUAAAAGAGGUAGCAUUAGCCUAUAAGACAAGAGGCGAUUUCUUCCUUAAAGUCUUCGGAAUCUACGAGAAGGCAAUUGAGUAUUAUACAAAUUGCCUUUUAAUUCUUCCAGAAGAUAAAACUUCAGCGAUAGCACAGGUUAAUUCAGUUUUGGGUGAUGCUUAUUUUCAGUUGAAAGAAUAUAGAAAUUCUGUUAGUUGUUAUGAAAAGUCUUUGAAAUAUAGCAAAAAAGUUAAGGAUUCAUAUCUUAUUGCGCAGGAGAGUGACAAGAUAGGGGACGCGUAUAUAUGUUUGAAAGAGUACAAAAAUGCCAUUAGCUAUUUAUAUUUAAGUUUGGAGGCUCACCGGGCAAUUAAUGACCAUUCAGCACAAGCAAGGAUAUAUUCCAAAUUAAUGAAUAUAUAUGUGUUUAGGGAAGAGUACCAAGAAGUCAUUAAAUGCAGCCAAAAAGCUUUCGAAAGUUUAAAAAAAAAGAAUCAUCCGGAUGAUUCGGAAAUAGCUGCUGCAAUUAAUUAUAAUUUAGGCGUUGCAUAUCGACGUGUAGGAAAGUUUGAAGAGGCUAUUGAAUGCCAUAAAAAAGGUUUAAAAUACCACGAAGAGAUUAGGGAUCAGGAAAAUAUGGCUGUCGGGAACACCAAUUUGGCCAAUGUUUACAAUGAUUUAGGAAAAUACGACAAUGCUAUCGAGCAUCACAAGAAAUCGUUAGAAAAUUACAAAGCGGUAGACGAUCGAUUAGGAAUAGCAAACGCUCAUCAAAACUUGGGCAUUGUCUAUCAGUUUUUAGCAGACUAUGAAAGAGCGCUACUGUUUUCUAACUGCCCUGGAAAAUUAUGAAAUUACUGAUCAUUUGGGAAGAGCAAAUGCAAAUGGACAUUUGGGCCUCGUCUACCUGAAUAUAAAAAAACAUAAAAAAGCGAUUGAAUUUUUUGAAAAAGCUUUGAAAAUUAACACAAAAAUCAGGAAUCAGUCAGUA